AUGAUUAGUACCUUUUUAAGUUUGGUGUUAUGCUUUGGCUUAACCAAGGGACACGGUGUAGGUAAGCAUCAUCAUCAACAUGACAAUAAUGAAAGGGGUGAGUUGUCUGCCGUUAUAACUCUAUUGGAAAAGAAUUUGUUUGCUUAUGGACCAAGGUAUAAUGCAUUGAUAGCUACUACAAUCAUUCAAAUUAUGCCUUGUGUUAUAGUUUAUUUGAUUCCAUCUUUACAAAAAGGUGUAGGGGAAAGCUCAUUUCUAACAGCACUGGUAGCAUUUGCAUUAGGUACAUUGCUAGGUGAUAUAUUUCUUCAUUUAUUACCAGAAACUUUGAGUGUAUCAGAUGGAGAUUCAGAAAUGAAGGUUCCGAUAAUGGCAUCUGGUUUGUUUGUUGGGUUUAUGAUGUUUUUAAUAAUUGAAAAAUUAUUGAGAAUUAUUUCUGAACCAGAUGGAGCCCCUGGAGAACAUAUUCAUUCUCAUGGACAUUCUCAUUCCCAUGGUGGAACACCAGAGCCAAUACUUAUUUCAGCAUCAGGGUAUAUGCAAGAGAAAGAUGAUUCUAAUAUGAAGAAGAGAUCGAAGAAGGAUAAAAAAUCUAAGAAUAAGGACAAGAACCUGCUCACUGAAGAAGCUUCAAACGAUGAGAAAAAGGUUAAUGGUUCAUCGGAGAACAAGAUUACAGCAUAUCUGAACGUUUUAUCCGGAUUUGCGCAUAAUGUCACUGAUGGUAUGGCUUUAGCUUCUUCAUUUUAUAGUUCUGGUCAAAUCGGUGUCAUCACUACUGUUGCUGUGAUGUUCCAUGAAGUGCCUCAUGAGCUUGGUGACUUUGCAUUAUUAUUGUCAAGUGGGUUUUCGUUUUCUCAAGCUGUCAAGUCUCAAUUAAUCACAUCUAUCGGAGCAAUUCUAGGAACAGCAAUUGGGUGCGCUAUCAAUGAGCUUCCAAGUUCGGUUAAUCUUGAUAACAACAAUGGUAUUCAAAUUCAAGGUAUCCAAUUAACAGAUUUAAUGCUUCCAAUAUCGACUGGUGGAUUCAUAUACAUAGCAGCAGUCGGCGCGGUUCCAGGAAUUCUACAAAAUGUAGGAACUACAAAGUGUGCUAAACUAAAGACAAUGGCACUACAAUUGAUAUCAAUCUGCAUUGGAUUUGUAAUGAUGGCAGUCAUUGCGGACUGA